CUGAUUUCAACGUCACUCACGCCAUUUGACAACUAUAGCAAAUCUUGAAUCAGUAUAGAAAACUUUUUCCUCUUUUCGCGAUUGUAGUUGGGUCUCCGAAUUGUUUCAAUAUUUAGACUCGUCGAUAGAAUUUUGCAUACGAUAAGUUGAACGUCGUUCGAUGGGCUGUCCGAGAACUAUUAUCGGGCGAAAUAAUAGCAAGAGAGAUCGGGAGACAGUGCAAAGGCUGAAAGACUGCAUCAGGCACGGAAUUCGUUAUGCAAUAGAAAAAACAAACGACGUCGCAGGUUAUCGUGAUUUGUUGUAGGAUAAUUAAUAAUUUGUUGGUAUCUUCAAUAACACGAUCAGCGCGCACUGUUGUGCCAUUGGCUCCAGCGACACCCGACAGCUUUCUUUGAAUUGUGGAGCUGUUUGUGUGGACUGAAUUGAUACCACCACACUAGACAGUGAUCUAGAGCUUAGCGGUUGGUUGGUUGGUUGGUUGUUCUACUGAGACGUGCUCCACGAAAAGGAAUAGAAGCAGUGUGCAUUUCGCUGUCAGUGCAGUUCUAGCUCUAGUGCCCAGUCGUCAUCAAUCCGCCGUCGUCAAAAUGAGUAUGAGUUCAUACACCGAAAGCAGUUCCGAAGAGGAUGAUUUGUCGCCACGAGACAAAGUUCAACAGAAUUCCAAGGGAUUAUCGGAUUUCUGUGUCCGUAAUAUCAAGCAGCACUCGUUCGGCCGUCAUGAGAUAGAAAUCGCAGAACAAGAGAUGCCCGGAAUCCUUGCUCUACGGAAGCAAGCUCUCGAGGAUAAACCAUUGAAAGGGGCCAAUAUUGUCGGCUGUACGCACAUCAACGCGCAAACCGCUGUGCUUAUCGAAACCCUCAUAUGUCUCGGGGCCAACGUUAGAUGGGCUGCCUGUAAUAUUUACUCGACACAGAAUGAGGUUGCUGCAGCAUUGGCGGAAAGCGGGGUUCCCAUAUUUGCAUGGCGGGGUGAAAUUGAGGAGGACUUCUGGUGGUGCAUUGAUAAAUGUGUCCAUGCAGAAAACUGGCAACCGAAUAUGAUUCUGGAUGACGGAGGCGAUGCCACCCAUCUGAUGUUGAAAAAGUACCCGGUCAUGUUUAAGAUGAUCAAGGGAAUUGUGGACGAAAGCGUCACUGGAGUGCAUCGCUUAUAUCAGCUAUCAAAGACAGGCAAACUUACCGUCCCGGCAAUGAACGUCAAAGAUGCGAUCACCAAAACAAAAUUUGAUAGUUUAUACAGUUGUAAGGAGUCGGUUAUAGAUAGUUUGAAACGUGCCACCGAUAUCAUGAUUGGGGGCAAGCAAGUAGUCUUGUGCGGGUACGGUGAGGUCGGCAAAGGAUGUGCCCAAGCCCUAAAGGGGCUUGGUUGCAUCGUAUAUGUUACUGAGAUCGAUCCGAUCUGUGCUCUUCAAGCCUGCAUGGAUGGUUUCCGUGUAGUCAAGCUGAAUGAGGUGAUACGGACCGUUGACGUCGUGAUCACGUGUACUGGCAAUAAGAAUGUGGUGACCCGUGAACACAUGGAUAAAAUGAAAAAUGGAUGCAUCGUGUGUAACAUGGGCCAUUCAAACACGGAAAUCGACGUCAACAGUCUGCGAACUUCGGAACUGCAGUGGGAGAAAAUGCGUUCCCAGGUCGAUCACAUCAUUUGGCCUGGCCCAGACGGGAAGCGCAUCAUUUUGCUGGCAGAAGGACGUCUGGUUAAUUUAUCUUGCUCAAGUGUGUCGUCGUUCGUUGCCUCAAUAACUGCGGCCACUCAGGCACUGGCACUAAUCGAACUUUUCAAUGCUCCACCCGGGCGAUAUAAGGCAGAUGUCUACCUUUUGCCGAAAAAAAUGGAUGAGUACGUUGCAAGUCUGCACCUGCCGACACUGGAUGCUCAUCUGACGGAAUUGAGCGACGAGCAGGCUCGUUACAUGGGCCUAAACAAAGCUGGGCCAUUCAAACCCAACUACUACAGGUAUUAGUUGUUUGAUACAUCAGGUAGAAAACAGCAAGCAUUUUAUGAAACCCGUUGACAAGUGUUCGUAUCACAACACUAUAACUGUCACAGGUCGUUUUUUUUUAUUUUCGAACACUAAUAGCAUACAUAAUGGGGAAUAUUGUUAAUUUUAAAUUAGUUGAUCUAUUGAAGAUAGUGUCGUAGGAUAAUUUAGGUGCCGUAGACUAUUAGAACGUAUGAAAGAUAAAAAACUAAGCAGCUGAAAAUCGAAACGAAACUCUUCCGCUUCCACUGUUUAUGAAGAGUCGAGAAAGGCACGGAUUUAUUAUGCAUUCUUCUUGUUGAAAGUUUUUUUUAAUAACACAUAAUUUUCAAGAACAACUGACGCACUGCUGAACAGAUUUCAUUUGAUGAGUCAAUUAAAGUGAUACGCUAAUAGAACGGCUUUAUCAACAAUGACAUCGCUUUUGAAUUUGAAACGCCAGUAGUAUGUAGCAUAGCAGAAUACCACUUAGAUUGAUAAUUAUUUACUUUCAAGAGUUUUGGUUGCUCGCAGCAAGGUAAUAUUUGAUGAAAAUUUCGAUUAUUUUGAUAUCGUUUAUGGAUGCACUUGUUUCCAGUAAGUAUUUCACAUCCUUCAAUAGUUUCAAUAACUAAAUAAAAUUCGGCAUAACGAGCGGUUGAUGCAAAAUUUAGGAAUAUUUCGCCUA